GAGUCCAGUAGCCGCAUUACACACAGGACAGCCAGAAGAAAGACUGGAAAUACAGAAAGAGGACUUUUCCUUUGGAAGUAAGAAAGGAAGAGCUCCAGCAGAAGCUCCAGCAGACAAGCUUUGCUGCAGAGACCAUGGAUUGCUGGAAGCAAGAAAAAAGCAGCACUUGGAUUUUUCCCACCUUGAUUCUCUGCCUCUACGGAUUCUUCUACAUGAUGAAACCAUCAGAACCUUUCCUAACCCCCUAUCUAACAGGACCAGAUAAAAACCUCACCAUAGAUGAGGUUACCAACCAGAUUUUCCCAGUUUGGACAUACUCCUACCUUGCACUCCUUUUCCCAGUCUUCCUGAUUACAGACUACGCGCGCUACAAGCCCGUCCUCCACCUCCAGGGCAUCAGCUUCAUCAUCACGUGGCUCUUGCUGCUCUUCGCACACGGAGUGCUGGCCAUGCAGAUGGUGGAAUUCUUCUACGGGAUGGCGACAGCCACUGAGGUCGCUUAUUACGCCUACAUCUACAGCGUUGUCAGCCCCGAUCACUAUCAGAGAGUGACGAGCUAUUGCAGAAGUAUCACUCUGGUUGCGGCCACCGUUGCCGCCGUGCUGGGACAGCUGCUGGUUUCCUUAGCAGACGUAUCCUACUUUCACCUUAACGCCAUUACUUUGGCUUCCGUGUCCCUGGCAUUCGUGUGUUCCUUUUUCCUCCCAAUGCCUCAAAAGAGCAUGUUCUUCCACAGGAAGGAUGUCUCGCCAACUCCCCCAGCACCAGAUAAAGCCGCCGUGGCCUCAGUUGGCCCCGACGGGCCAUCGAGCUGCCACAAGGACGAGGGCUCCGUAUCUGCUGACAGGGGACCAACACCCAAAGCGCAGGCUGAUAACGCCGAGCCCCAGAAUCACGUGCUCAGAGUCCUGGUGCAGCUGAGCAAGGACCUGAGGGACUGCUACAGCUCUAGGAAACUUCUCUACUGGUCCCUGUGGUGGGCUCUGGCUACGGCAGGCUUCAACCAGGUUCUGAACUAUAUCCAAGUGCUGUGGGACUUCAGAGCCCCCUCUCACAGCUCUGCAGUGUACAAUGGAGCGGUUGAAGCAAUAGCAACUUUUCUGAGUUCGGUAACAUCUUUUGUAGUACAAUAUAUGAAAAUUAACUGGGACCUUUUUGGAGAACUGGCUUUAGGGAUCUUCUCUGCAAUAGAUGCUGGUUCUCUAUUUCUCAUGCACUUCACUACCAACAUCUGGGCAUGUUACGCCGGCUAUCUCAUUUUCAAAGCAUGCUAUAUGCUCCUCAUAACAAUAGCAACGUUCCAGAUUGCAGUCAAUCUGAGCAUGGAGCGCUACGCCUUGAUGUUUGGAUUCAACAACUUUGUUGCACUGGUGAUUCAGACCAUUCUUACAGUAGUCGUCGUGGAUUCAAAAGGCCUGGGACUGAACAUAGUGACUCAGUUUUUAAUUUAUGCCAGCUACUUCGCAGUCAUAGCUGGGAUUUUCUUGAUCAGAAGCAUUUGCAUGCUUGUCUCAAGCAAAUGCAAAAGGAAAACAGCAAGAUCUUGCAAAGAGCAUCUGAACCAUGCUGAACGCGAAUCAAAAGAGCAGGUUGCAACUGGCUAUGCGACACGGCUGUAGCAGUCGGGCAGAGAUUCGAGAUAACAGGCUCACAUGGCAAGGCCCUCGUGGGAGAAGAGCUCCUACUGCAGCACACAGGGAACAGCGGCACCAGAUCGACACACAACACAGCCCUGAAAAGCUACGCUGAAUCACUGCAGCACUUUGUUACAACAUAUGCCAGCUAAGACAUCACCAUAAUGGCACCAUGCCAAGAAGAGAACAUAAGUUGCUUUAGAUUCUUAUUUACUUGCCUAUAAAUAGCUUAACAGCAGUAAUUUAUAAACAAGAACAGAGUAACCACCUUGGCAUCCUACCGUGCACGCUGGCAAAGAUCAGAGUGCACCCUGCCUUGCUCAUUCUAAAUCUUGUAUAGGGUAUUGGCAAGCUGCUUCCGUGCAGGUUUGCUCAUGCAGGUGGGUGAAGGGUCUGUCCCCCCUGUGCACAUACCUUGUUCUGAACCAAGGAAGAAGGGAUUGUGCUUCCUUCAUUGUAUUCUUUCCUAUAUACCUCCAGGCAAUUCGGUGACAGACUUCUCCUUUCUAAUUUAAAAGCCCAGACCAGAAGCGGGCCUUUUGCACACAAUGGUGCAGAAAAGCAGGGUUUGCACAGCCUGUCUGAGAAGGUUCACUAAAACACCACUAAGCCACAAUUGUUGCUUGGCCCACAUUUGAAAGCUGCAACCUAAAGACAAUACUGAGUCUGUAGCAAUCUCAACCCAGAAGGGAAAAAUUUCCGAGUCAAAACAAAAUGAAAGAGCCCCACUCCUUUCCUUGUGCUUCCAGUAAAAUUAAAUGCAGGACUAAGUGUCUUCCUGUUUCAAGGGGAAAAGAAAAAAAAUAUCAAAGGGAUUGAGUAGCAUGGACUGAAACCAGAGAAGUAUGUUGUGGAUAAAUUUGGCCAAUUCCUCACAGGAAAAUUCAAGAUUAACAUGAAUAUCCAAGAAGAUGUGUAACUGAAACAAAAAGCUAGCAUCAUGUGUGCUUUUGAGUGCCAAAUGAGGGAGAUCCACUGAUUUUGGCCAAGGAUUCGGCAGGGUCAGCAUCUCAGAAUUUAUCAAGAAGCUUCAAGCCCUACGGCUAAUUUAGUCCAGCACAAAGGACGUCCAGAAGAAAAAAGAGACCUUAAAUGAGUUUACACAGUGAAUGCCUGAUUUAAUAUAAGUUAUAUCCAUAUGUUAAAGCUAUUUCUGUGCUGCUGUUUGCUUCUAGCUUCCAAUACCUACACUAACUAAU